AAUCCUUCCUGUCCUCUAAACAUUUCUUCAAAUUACUCUGCAAAAAAGGCAUACAUGUAAUAUCCAGUUUAAUAAGUAUAUAAGAUAAACUUUACCAAUUAGCAGUACGUAUUGUGUCUACCCAAGGCUAUUUGUCGGCAUAUGUGUAUAAUCCAGUGUGUGUAUAUGCUGUACGUGUAAUUCUUGUAACUCUUUUGUACGGAAUAUUGUCUGCGUUGAACUUCCCGCUCCUUCUGGUUAGAGCAAGAAGAUUUUCUGUUUAUUUCUAUUGAUCACUCCAUGUGAAACUUGCACCUCUAUUAUUGUCAAAGAACACAUCCACUCUCUUUAGCGUCCUGUUCGUAUCCUAAUGGCGGAUCAUCACAUUAACCACAUGCGGCCAGUUGGAGAUGAUGAAGCUCAGCGGUAUGCCAAUGAACAAGAUUCUCAAGAAGACGAAGAAGAACAACAAACUGAAGAAGAGGAAAUGGAAGAAGACGAGGAGACGGAAGAAGUAGAAUUGCAAAAUGAAGAGUACAUUCAAGUGGUGGAAUCUCCCUGGAUUUCACAAGAUGUUGUUGAGAUUUCUUUGGAGAACGGAGAGGGAGAGAAGCAGAGAAGAGAUGAAGGAGGUGGAGAUGUCUACUCGUCCAGCGGUUCUCAAGGAAGCGAGUGGAGUCGCAGUGAAAUCGAUGGGCUGUUUUGCCCAAUAUGCAUGGAAACCUGGACAAAUUCGGGGGAACAUCAUGUCUGUUGUCUUCCGUGUGGGCAUAUAUAUGGAUUUUCUUGUAUUAAGAAAUGGUUGCAACAACGCAGAACAUCUAGAAAGUGUCCCCAGUGCAACAGAAAAUGUACACUGAAGGAUAUCCGGAAACUUUUUGCAUCACGAGUUACGGCAGUUGAUGAAGAAUCACAAAAGAGAAUUCGGUUUCUUGAGGCCAAAUGUGCUUCUCUUGAGAAGGAGAAUGCUGAUUUGUGCAAGAAGGAAGCUGAAUCGAGAAAGAGCACAAUGGAGCUGCAAUUGAGAGUCAAUCAGCUUUUAGAUAGGGCAACUCAGUUGGAAGGUUCAUCAGAAGAAUGGCAGUGCAGACCAUCGGGAUUGGUUAGAGCCUCUUGGCACAGUUCUGGACAAUCUGCAUCUGGAAAUAAAUCCCAUGCAAUAUUUAGUACAGAAGGACCUUCUUGUAACUUCAUAUCUCAGGAAGAAUUGCGGGUGGAUGGUGCACGGUUAUUUGAUGUGGAUGCUUCCGGCCAAAUUAUAUUGUUGACUCGAAAACUCUCUAGAGAUGGUGGAACAUAUGUAAUUACAAAAAUGAGCUUGAUUUCUCCACAUGAAACUCAAGACAUUUUACUGCUCCCUGGUACUAGGCCAAUCAAGGACCUGCACAUUUCUCCUUCUAGCAGUGGCCUUGCGCUAUUUGCUUCAAUGGGGAAGAAAUUAUCUGUUAUCAGCAUGGAAAGCAACAACAUUGUCCUUUCCUAUCAUCUGCCGGUUCCUGCUUGGUCGUGUUCAUGGGAUCUCAACAAUUCUCAUCAUAUAUAUGCUGGACUACAGAAUGGAUCAUUAUGGGUGUUUGACAUGCGCCAAACUACGGGAGCCAUGGAAUCCCUUAAUGGGCUAUCAAGCAACCCAAUACAUACAGUACACCCUCUUUUGCAAAAUUCAGCCCUCUCCGCUGGCUCUAGAGUUGUAUUGUCUGCUUCUUCCCUUGGCCUGUGUCAGUGGAACUUCGGUGGUGCUAAUGAAAGGGCAUUUUUGGUUCCUGAAACAAAGAAUCAAGGAGUGUGUACAUCCUUUGCAUAUUGUCGUAGCAGUGAUGACAUUGUUGCUUCAUACCGCCCACGAGUGGAAUUUCCUAAUGAGAUAACUUUUUCGCAACCUUCUCUUACUCCUUCACCUGUUAUGCGGAAUUGGGUACAGGGUUCUCAUAUUCACAUCCGGAGAGAUUCUAGUGGUAGCUGUUAUCAGAAGUUGGGUUCAGCUUGUAGUAAUGUAGAUAGCAUUAGGUUGCCAAGAACUAUAAUUAUUGAUAGAGGAAAUGAGAAGCAAUUGUUUGGAUCUUGGGAUGAGUCUGCAUGUGAACUUAUGUUGCGAGAUUUGCCUUCUUUUAGCGUCGUCCAGCGCUUUAAAGCAAUAAACUAUCCCAUUCAUGAUGUGAGGUAUACGCAUGUACUCCAUAAAGGAUUGCUCGGUUUACUAAGUGAGAAUACUUUGCAACUCUUCAGUUCUCCAGUCUCAUGAAAAGGUUAACUACAAGCUUAUAGUUGUUCGUGUAACAUGUAUUGUAAGUAUUUUGUGCUCAGUGGAAAUAUUCUUUGGUUCCAUAUAAUUUUUACCAAUUCUAUUAUUAGAUACCAGAUAAACUAUUGAGGUGAUUUUAGUUUUAGACAAAAGAAAAGUACUUAUGAAAA